GCAAAGAUGGACCACUUCACAAAUGGUUAUAAAGUCAUACCCACUUAUUCCACAAUGACCACAACAAAUGACCAAGCAUGAACUAAAGUGCCAGAACUGAUUGUGGUGGGACAUCUUUCACUGAGAAAUAACUAAAAUGGAACAUAAUGGGUCGUCUUCAAAUGCCGAUAAAAUCCACCAGAAUCGCCUCUCAAGUGUCACAGAAGAUGAAGACCAAGACGCUGCUCUCACCAUUGUGACCGUGCUGGACAAAGUAGCCACCAUUGUGGACAGUGUGCAGGCAAGCCAGAAGAGACUAGAGGAGAGACACAGAGAGAUGGAAAAUGCCAUAAAGUCUGUCCAGAUUGACCUGCUGAAGCUGUCACAGUCCCACAGCAAUACAGGCUAUGUCAUUAACAAGUUGUUUGAGAAAACUCGAAAAGUCAGUGCUCACAUUAAAGACGUGAAGGCCCGGGUGGAGAGGCAACAAGUUCACGUGAAAAAAGUUGAAUCCAAGCAAGAGGAAAUAAUGAAGAAAAAUAAAUUCCGUGUGGUAAUAUUCCAGGAGGAGAUUCGCUGUCCGACAUCCCUGUCUAUUGUUAAAGACAGAAGCCUGACUGAGAAUCAAGAGACCGAAGAGGAUGUCUUUGACCCUCCGAUAGAUCUGUCUUCAGAUGAAGAAUAUUAUGUUGAAGAAAGCAGAUCUGCCAGGCUUAGAAAGUCAGGCAAGGAGCGUAUUGAUAAUAUAAAAAAGGCAUUUUCCAAAGAAAACAUGCAGAAGACACGGCAGAAUUUUGACAAGAAAGUGAACAGAAUUAGAACUAGAAUAGUGACCCCGGAGAGGAGAGAAAGGCUAAGGCAGUCGGGGGAAAGGUUAAGGCAGUCGGGAGAGAGGCUGAAACAGUCAGGGGAAAGGUUUAAGAAAUCCAUUUCUAAUGCAGCUCCCUCAAGGGAGGCUUUUAAGAUGCGUAGCCUUCGGAAAGCUAAAGACCGAACUGUGGCGGAAGACGCGGAGGAGGUCAGGGAGAUGGGUGUGGACAUCAUUGCCAGAAGCGAGUCUCUGGGCCCCAUCAGUGAGCUCUACACUGAUGAGCUCAGUGAAACAGACCGCGAGGAGGCCAGGGCGGCGUAUCCUCCCAGAGAAGGAGGGGAGAUGUCAACCCCUGAGCCUUUGAAAGUUACUUUUAAACCCCAAGUGAAGGUAGAGGACGAUGAAUCUCUUUUGCUAGAUUUAAAGCAAUAAUCAUAAAGAGGAACUAAACAUAAAUAUACAUCUCUUCAAUCACAAGGUUCUAGUUUAAAUAGUAUAGUCAUUGACGUUGAUGACAUAGUAUAGUCAUUUACAUUUGUUCAUAGGAAAACAUGAAUGAUACGGCUGGUUUCAUUUCUGAUGUUUAAAAUCUUAAAGAUAACACAAGUAUUCUAUACAUUUCCUUAUAACGUCCUUGGGAAUUCCUUUUUCUUCCCUGGGCUUAUACGAUUCUAUCAACUUUCUCUUUUAAGUCAUUCUCAUGGCAGCUGUGGAUUUUUAAGUUCUUUUCUCUUGCCCAGGAGGAAAGUAGUUUCUUAGUGAGGGCAGUUAGGCAUUUGGUGUCUAAAACAUAGGAAGGGCAAAGUUGUAGCCAUCAUUUGCAAGUAAAUUCUCAGUUUUGGUCUAGAUGGGUGUUGUGGCCAAGCUCAAAAGGGAAUAACCCGUGUGGGGAUUAUAUCAUCCACAUGUUCAAAUAGAUUCAUUAGUCAAUUAGUAGUCACACCUCUUUUUGAUGCUUUUGCAUAAAAACUGUGAAGUGCUGGA